UCUUGCUUCGUUUUAUUAUAGCUCUGAGUCUGUAGAGUUAGAGUAUAGAAAAAUGGCCAGGACCAAGCAGACCGCUCGCAAGUCUACUGGAGGGAAAGCUCCCCGAAAGCAGCUGGCAACCAAAGCCGCCCGGAAGAGCGCUCCAGCUACCGGCGGUGUGAAGAAGCCUCACCGUUACCGUCCAGGGACCGUUGCCCUUCGAGAGAUCCGCCGCUACCAGAAGUCAACAGAGCUGCUGAUCCGCAAGCUGCCCUUCCAGCGGCUGGUGCGGGAGAUCGCCCAGGACUUCAAGACCGACCUGCGUUUCCAGAGUUCCGCCGUCAUGGCCCUACAAGAGGCCAGCGAGGCUUAUCUGGUGGGGCUUUUCGAGGACACCAACCUGUGCGCCAUCCACGCAAAGAGGGUGACCAUCAUGCCCAAAGACAUCCAGCUGGCCCGCAGGAUCCGAGGGGAGAGGGCAUAGAUACUCGGCACUC